AUCAUAAACUUUUUUUAGAGAGAGAGAGAGAGAGAGAGAGAGAUAUUAGAUGGUGGGAGAGGAGGAGAUGGGGAGAGGGUUUAAGAGAGGGUUUUAGGUCCACCAACUGGUGGUUAGAGAUUGAGCUCCUUAACCAAACACUUGAUCUUCACCAUCCAAACCAGUUAAGCAGAAGCAAUUAGCCAUUGAGUUCAAGUGUUGAAUUGAAGCAGAAACAGAAGCAGAAGCAGCAAGUAGUCAAGGCAACACUUUUCCCAACUGGGUUUCAAGCAAAAGCACUUAUUAGAAAAGCAGUGUUGCCCACCAAAGCCUAAACACCACCCCCAAGAAAAAAAAAGAUAACCCCAUUUAUGGAAAAAGAGAGAAAAGUCAUCAUUUUUCUUGAGUGGCUCAGUAGAUACUGAAAAACUUAUCUCUCUCUGUGGGUGUGUGUAUGUGUGCGUGCGAGUCUCACGUGGGGUUUGAAUUUGACUCAGUGAUGGAUGGAGAAUAUCUAUGAUUGCAAAAAAGCAGAAAUUUAAAGCUCUCAAUUAUCUUCCAACACACUAAAUAUCUUUUUUUUUUUUGUUAAAUAAAUAAUAUACUUGUUGUUGUUGGGAUCGGAAAGUUUGGCUCUGAGACGAUCGGCUGAUGUUCUCUAGACUUUUCUGUUCCCCACACAACCCACAACUCUUGAGGGUUUCCAGUCUUCGGGAUGAGUAUGUAAUUGGGCUCAUAUAGCUGUUAAGGGGUUGAGAGAGCUAUGUCAAGUUACUAUACUGGUUCGAAUAGUCAAAAAGAUGCGACGCCAAUGCUAUAUUUAAGGGAACCUUUGCCUAGUUCUUAUCCAGAAGCACCUCUCGUCUCUGGUAACAUGAUGAUGUAUAUGAACUCUGGGUCAUACUCGGACGCAUUGGCUGGGAGUUCUCAGCAGCAAAACAACUUAGGCUCCGCGGUCGGGGGUUCAGAUUCCAACCAGCAGCAGCAUGAUGUCCUAUCGCAUCUUGGUGGCACGCAUGUUGGAGAGCAGGGAUUCAGUCCAUGGAGGGAGGGUAGAAAUGAGAUGCUAGUUACGCACCCCAUGGGUGGUUCUUCAGGUAUUCUUCAUGGUGGACACAACUUGCAAGGUCAGGGGUUGUCCCUCAGCCUCAGUACACAAAUCCCAUCAGGAAUGCAAAUGCCUUCUAUCUCGUACCGGAAUAACAAUAUGGGUUUUGCUUCAUUCUUAAGUCCUAAUGCAUCCGUUUCAAGUGAGGGUGACGGUAGGAAUGGUUCUUUUAGAGAUGAGCAGCCAAGAAAUGUUGAAUAUUUGCAAUCUGGUUUUCCGGGAGGCAAUCCAGAUUCAAGUAAAGGGGAUUUGUCUCCAUAUGGGAUGUCGAGUAUGGCAAGAACCAUUCCCCAUAACAAAUACCUCAAAGCAGCACAACAACUGCUUGAUGAAGUCGUCAAUGUCCAGAAAGCACUGAAGCAGCAUGAUAGAGAGAAGAACCAAAGCACACACAAUCAUCAGAAGAGUUUCAAGGAAGGAGAUGAUGGAUCAAAGAAUGAUCUUGAGAGUGGAGUAUCCACAAACCCUCAAGAGCCGGCCAGUAACCCACCGUGUGAGCUUUCACAUGCCGAGAAACAAGAGUUGCAAAGCAAGUUGACGAAGCUUCUGUCUAUGCUAGAUGAGGUUGACAGAAGGUACAAGCAGUAUUAUCAUCAGAUGCAGAUUGUUGUAUCGUCAUUUGAUGCGAUAGCGGGAAGUGGGUCAGCUAAACCGUACACAGCUGUUGCCCUGCAGACUAUUUCACGUCACUUUCGGUGCUUACAUGAUGCAAUCACAGGGCAGAUACGAGCAACCCGUAAAAGCCUUGGGGAGCAAGGUACCUCAGGAAGCAUGAAAGGAGUUGGAAUAUCUCGCCUCCGUUAUGUGGACCAGCAUCUCAGGCAGCAGAGAGCCCUUCAGCAGCUUGGCAUGAUGCAACAACAUGCAUGGAGACCACAAAGAGGUUUGCCGGAAAGCUCAGUCUCAAUUCUGCGAGCAUGGCUGUUUGAGCAUUUCCUUCAUCCCUAUCCGAAGGAUUCUGAUAAGAUCCUGCUAGCAAGGCAGACAGGCUUGACUAGAAGUCAGGUCUCAAACUGGUUUAUCAAUGCACGAGUGCGCCUUUGGAAGCCCAUGGUUGAGGAGAUGUACAAAGAAGAGGCUGGUGAUGCUGAGAUGGACUCCAACUCUUCAUCUGAGAAUACACCUCAAACAAAAAAAGGUGACAACACGAGGACCAUGGAAGACGGAGUAGAAGGUAUGCAACCUAGCGCAAGUUCGGCAGCCAUUGAGAAAUUCAGCACGGGACAAUUUAUGGAUUCCAAAUCUGACCAUUUCCAUGACGUGGAAAUGGCUGGAUCCACUGGAUAUGCCAAUUUCCAGAAUGUGACUCGUCAUGAAGCUGAAGCUGAGUACGGGCUUGUCAAGCUUAGAGAGGGGCAAAGGCCUGGUAUGGAUGACUCGAGUCUCUUUUCUGAUGCAAAUGUUCAGACUGAUAGGAACAGUGAGAGGUUUACGGCAGCUGCUGCUGCAUACCACAUGCCGGAGCUGGGGAGAUUUGGAAGUGGAAGCGGGGUUUCUCUGACACUGGGAUUGCAGCAUUGUGACGGUGGCGGUAGCCUACCCAUCUCUAGUGGGACUCAUCACGGGUUUGUCUCUGUGAGAGGGGACGAUUUAUACAACCCUGCAGCUUCUUCUGUAGGAUCUGAGACAGCAGAUUUUGAAUGCCUUGAUUCCGGGAACCAGCAGCAACACAGAUUUAGUUCCUCCCAUCUGUUACAUGAUUUCGUAGUGUGAAAGAUGCUUCAUUGCAUAUCCACAUUACUUAUAUCCAAACUAUUUUUGGGGCGGGGGAGGAAAAAAAAAAAAAACAGACAGCGAUAGGCUUUCGACUGCUUGUUGAGGAACAUUCGACUUUGCGAUGCAGAUGGUGAAAAGGAAUGUUGCAUUCCGCCAGACAUUGGAAACAUACUACUAGUACAGUUGUAAUAUAUGAAGAAAUUGAUUGAAGGUCAGCAUAUUUGUAAAGAUGAGAUACAUAUUCUUUGUUUAGUAAGUUGGAAGGGAAAAAUGUACAAUCAGUGCCAAACUCUGUUGAUGGUAUUGAAGAAAAUAGAAUAGUUCGUAAUAAAGCUUGCUGGAAAGUUGUCCGCCUGUUA